UAAGUUUCAGAGUGUGCGCGGUUGUCUUUUGUUGUCUGAGCAGGAGCCUCUCCGACCUGUACGGCGUGCUCGGGGAAAAUACAAAGAAAUCAUUUUAUUUCCCCUCCUCCGCCACUAGAAGAGCAUUAUUAGGUGCGGAAGCAUGUCGGUGGGCAUCGAGUUGGGCUUUUCUAACGACGAGGUGCUGAGCGCGCGCUUCCCGCUGCACCGCGCCUGCAGGGACGGAGACGUGCGCGCGCUCUGCUCCCUGCUGCAGCGCCCCGGCGACCGAGCACAGCUCCAGGCGGAGGACUCCUUCUACGGCUGGACUCCCAUUCACUGGGCGGCCCACUUCGGAAAGCUGGAGUGUGUGUUGAGGUUGGUACAGGUGGGAUGUGAGGUGAACGCUGUGACAACUCGCUUUUCGCAAACUCCGGCACACAUCGCUGCAUUCGGAGGACACCCAGAGUGCCUUGUAUGGCUCCUGCAGGCUGGUGCUGAUAUCAACAGACAGGAUUAUAUGGGUGAAGCCCCCAUCCAUAAAGCUGCAAGGGCAGGUAGCAUGGAUUGUAUCAAUGCCCUGUUGUUCUCAGGUGCAAAACCAGAAUUAAGGAACACAAACGGAUUGACUGCGGCCGACCUGGCCCGUGCACAGGGCUUCCAGGACUGUGCUCAGCUCCUCUCCAAUGCAGAGAAUCAACUCAAGCACAUAAAUGGGUUUGGCCGUAAUGGAACUGACCUCACCCACAUCCAAGGGCGGAGUCUUCUUAAUGGGAUAACCAAUAGGAAGAGGCUUCAUGAUUGCUCAGAGCCAAAUCAUGUCAAGAAAGCAAGAGUUGACUGCAUGGAUUUUCCUCUGAAGACUGUCAGUGUGAUGGAGGCGGAUAUUGAAAGUAUGCAUGUAGAAUCUGCCCCAGACAACCAAUCAGAUGGCACCAUAGAAAUAGCCACAGGCUUAAGCAAUGGCCACGCACAACAGAAGAGUUUUGACACAAACGGCCAUUGCCACCCACACCAGCCAGACGCGCCCGAGCUGGGCAGCAGCAUGUGCGGCUCACUGCACCUCGGCGGCAGCCCCAGCAGCUACAUGUCUCACAGGCCCUUGUGGGCCACGUUCUCAUCAGACUUCAGUGAUCAUCUGCACUACGGCCACUACCACGGUUUUGGAGACACGGCUGAAGACCUGGAGGAGGCUGGAAGCCGCCACGAGCACAUUACAACUGUGAAGCUUGAGCAACACUACAACCAAGAGGUGUUAAAUGCCAUGCAACUGUUUCAUGGAUCAUGAAGGGUUAGAGCCCAUUUGUUUGUAUAAAAGUGGGCGUAAAGAGCCACCCACCCGCCUUAAACCUUAACCAGUUUACCCUGACUUUGCCCUUGCACCUUAAAAAAGGCCACAGUAAAAGAGUAUUAUUUUUUUUGUGGGGAAAAGCCUUUGUACCAAAGGGGUAUUCGUGGUUUUUUCAUCUGACUUUUUGUGAUCUCUUUAUUUUAUGGUAUGUUUCAAUAACGGAUAAAUUGAUAAUGAUUAAGUAGAGCAACAGUGGAUGAUUUGUUGUUAACUGUGGUGCAUUCAGCGUUCCUAUUUUUUCCCCCCACUUUCUCACCACAGGAGUUUAAGGACUUAUUUGAAUAGCCUUGUAGGAUUUCAUGAUUUUUCCGUUUGUAUGUUUGUAGGGGUUUGUGCCAAUAUUUUUCCCCUUAAGUAGUUUGGCACUAGCAUUAUAAAAUGUAUUGUUUCCUGUUUCUAGUUUUGCUGAGAAGUUGAGUUGAAUGGAUUAUGUAAAAUCCAAUGAAUUUCACUGUAAAAGUAUUUGUUUUGAGAAAAUGGACAUUUUACAUUCCUUCUAUCUUUUGUGUUGUGAUAUAUAAAAGUAUUUGAGACAGAA